UCUUGUAACACACAUACACAGCGGCGUGCGCGAGCGGGAAUGGCGGAGACUAAGGCGCACGACGCAAGCAGGAACAAUGUGGUGGUCAAGGUAGGCAUGGUGGGGGAUGCACAGGUCGGGAAAACCACGCUAAUGGUCAAGUACGUCGAGAACAAGUUCGACGAGGAGUACAUCAUGACUUUGGGCGUUAACUUCAUGGAAAAGACCAUCACACUCAGGAAUACCGAGAUUACGUUCAGUAUUUGGGAUUUGGGCGGGCAGCGAGAAUUCCUGAGCAUGCUUCCUUUGGUAUGUAACGAUGCGGUGGCUAUCUUUUUCAUGUUCGACCUUUCCCGGAAGAGCACGCUCAACUCAGUCAAGGAGUGGUACCGACAGGUGCGAGGGCUCAACCGGAGUGCGUACGCGUUCCUCGUGGGGACAAAGUACGACCUGUACACGUCAAUGCCGGCCGAAGAGCAACGAGAUAUCGACAAACAGGCACGCAAGUUCGCGAAGGCAAUGCACGCGCCACUGAUAUUCACGUCGGCAUCCCACUCCAUCAACGUGCAAAAGAUGUUCAAGGUGGUUUUGUCUAGGGUGUUCGACUUGAGGUGCAACCUGGACGAGAUAUCUGGUGCAGGGGAACCGCUGCUGCUGUUCUCGAAGGAAGAAGGGGAGGCCGCCGCGAGCAAGGCCAAGAAAGCAUCAUCAUCAUCUUCGUCGUCAUCGCCGACGGAAGGGGCGGCAGACGCCCGGAAAGGGGCCGCGAAGUAGACGGUAAGUAGAUAGACGGGCUCGACAGAAGGAAAUACACGGACGGGAGGUGUUGAGUUGGCUGCGGGGAAGUAAUCCAGCGUCUGCUGGCCUGUGUUGCUGGCAACCUUGGGAUGAAGGUGCGCAACUUACUCAUUCCGCGUAUCCGAGGAAGAGAGAGAGCCGCGGCCGCGAUGAUGCGGUUUGCUGAUUCGAGUAGGGCGUUGGCUGGGAUGGCUGUAACACGUGGCGUCGGUAUGUGUUUCCGCCUGGCGAACUAGCCUAGGCUGCGGCCGCUGUAGAUGCGAUUCUGCACCUCCUCGAAUUCCGACUGCAUGUGGCGGUCACUGAAGGCGCCUGGCCUGCAGCAGUAGGACUCACUUGACAAAUUACUUCAUAUAUGCAUGGAUGGCCUGUAUUUGAUCGUUAGCGUUUCGUGCCCGAUGCCCUACGGGUGUGGUAACGGAGGUCUGCUCUUACCGGCGGGGGGGGUUGUCUACAAGGGGCGUGUACAAGGUGCACCCUUUUAUCUACCAAGUUGGGUGUUUCACAUGCAUGUGGUCAUCCCAUUUCUGUUGUGUUUUGAUCGAGUUAUCCUGGUAGAAUUGGAAAAACCGACUCACGGUGUUGUUCUGCCUCGCAGUCUCCGCGCGCCUCUCUGGGGGUCACAUUGAGCAUUUUGAGCGGCAGCGAGAUUUUGCCGUGCAACCCGCUAUCACUUGGGAAGCGCGAGAUCCCACGAUCCCAGUCAGCUAGCGCCGGUAAAAAUGAGUGGUUUUGGGCUUGUUGUAGUUGGCAUUUUGAAGCCCCCCCUUCCCCCCCCUUCCCGUGUUAUUGCGCUACCGCGUGUUUGUUGUUUUUGAACCCUUUCCUCACGAGGUCAGUUCCCCCCCAUCCUGCAUUCCGUCGCAGAGAUGCCGAAGGGUAGUUUAUUGGUCGGCGCCGCUUUGCCUGCAGAAGCUCCUCUUGUGGUGUCCGCUCCUUUUGUCUUGGCGGCAGUAGAAACUACAGUUGUUCUUGUGUGGGUGCAUGCACACAUUCUGUCCGCCCGAUCACAAAGCAAUUAUCCUGUGCCUUUCCAUUUUUCGGUCGAUAUUCGGGGACUCUCAUGUCUGCCGUGUGGAGACGGAUCAAGGGUGUAAUGAUCUUGUUUCGUUUUGGGGGGGGCGGAAG